ACAGCCUGGUGCUCAAACUUGGACUCGGACUGAAAAUAAUGGUGUUUCCCGCACAAGUAAGCGGUCCGGUCUCUGAGACCGAGUGCCUGGACAAGCACUUGAGUUUGUAAAUUUGUUUAAUCGAGUCUGACUAACUCCUCGAGGCUUGAGAUUUUUAUUUUUUAUUUUUUUUUUAGUCUUGCUGGUAAUGGCCAGUAGUGGCUGAAGUGUUUUGAUCCAGUCAGUGACAGCCUGCAAACAGCAGGGAGAGCUGUGCCUCGACCACACUGCAUUUGAUUAUGAGAGCUUCCAAGAAGUGAGGGAAAUCCGGGAGCUGAUUUCUUGCCGGGACGAAAACAAUUUUUACACAGUGUGCGGUGGAUCACAACCAAAGAAGCCAUGGAGGCCUCACAGGACCUCAACGAACAGAUGGUGAAGAAAUCACACAGUGAAUCUCAUGUUCCAGACCCUUCAGACGCCAGGUCUAUGGAAAUGCAGGACCUAGCCAGUCCUCAUAACCGUGUGGGAGGUGGAGAUUCGACAGGCUCCAAGCUAGACAAGAACAACCUUGGCAGCCCUUCCAUCACCACCAAUGGAACUGGAGGUGAAAAUAUGACCGUUCUAAACACGGCUGAUUGGCUGUUGGGCUGCAGCAGCCCGCCCCCUGCCCCAGGCUCCAAGGACUAUGUGAAAACAGAGCCUAUGAACAACAGCGAUACAGUCACUACAACAGGCGACACAGCACUGGACACAUACGCAGGCUCAGUAAUCACCAGCAGCGGGUACAGCCCUCGUUCAGCCCAUCAGUACUCUCCUCCCCUGUACCCUUCAAAGCCCUACCCUCACAUCCUCUCCACGCCUGCAGCCCCUCCCAUGCCGACGUACGCUGGUCAGCCCCAGUUCAGCAGCAUGCAGCAGUCAACCGUCUACACUGCUUACUCCCAGACAGGGCAGGCCUACGGACUGUCCACUUAUGACCUGAUGCUGCCAGGCAUCAAGACAGAGAGCGGUCUGGCCCAGAGUCAGUCUCCUCUGCAGACAGGCCUCAGCUACAGCCCCGGCUUCACCACGCCCCAACCUGGACAGACUGCAUAUUCACCCUAUCAGAUGCCAGGUUCCAGUUUCACUCCUUCAUCAGGCCUCUACGCCACCAACAACUCAGUGUCCAACCCAGCCAACUACACUGCCACACAGCAGGAUUAUCCCUCAUAUACAACAUUUGGCCAAAACCAGUAUGCCCAGUAUUAUUCCGCCUCCACUUACGGGACAUAUAUGACCUCCAACAGCGUGGAUGGCACAGGCUCCACAGCGGCCUACCAGCUGCAAGAUCCCACCCCCGCCAUCACCGGACAGGCUGCUGAACUUCACCCAGGGGACUUUGACACAGUGCAGAGCCCCUCAACACCCAUCAAAGAGCUGGAUGACCGAGCCUGCCGGAGUGGGGGGUCUAAGUCCCGGGGCAGGGGCCGCAAGAACAACCCUUCCCCACCCCCUGAUAGUGACCUGGAGAGGGUAUUUGUGUGGGAUCUGGACGAGACAAUCAUUGUCUUCCAUUCUCUGCUUACUGGCUCCUAUGCACAGAAAUAUGGCAAGGACCCUCCCAUGGCGGUGACACUGGGUCUGAGGAUGGAAGAGAUGAUCUUCAACUUGGCCGACACACACUUAUUCUUUAAUGACCUGGAGGAAUGUGAUCAGGUACAUAUUGAUGAUGUAUCAUCAGAUGACAAUGGCCAGGACUUAAGUACUUACAGUUUUGCAACUGAUGGCUUCCAUGCAGCUGCAACCAGCGCCAACCUGUGCCUGGCUACGGGUGUCCGCGGCGGGGUCGACUGGAUGAGGAAACUGGCCUUCCGCUACCGACGGGUCAAAGAGUUGUAUAGCACGUACAAAAACAAUGUGGGGGGCCUGUUGGGUCCUGCUAAAAGAGACGCCUGGCUGCAGCUCAGAGCAGAGGUCGAGGCUCUGACUGACUCCUGGCUCACCCACGCGCUCAAGUCCCUGUCCAUCAUCAGCUCCAGGAGUAACUGUGUAAAUGUGUUGGUGACCACAACGCAGCUCAUACCAGCGCUGGCUAAAGUUCUCUUAUAUAGUCUGGGAUCUGUUUUCCCUAUCGAGAAUAUUUACAGUGCGACAAAAAUAGGAAAAGAGAGUUGCUUUGAACGCAUAAUGCAAAGGUUUGGCAGGAAAGUAGUGUAUGUUGUAAUUGGGGACGGUGUGGAAGAGGAGCAGGCGGCCAAAAAGCACAACAUGCCUUUCUGGAGGAUAUCCAGUCACUCUGACCUGCUGGCAUUACACCAAGCACUGGAGUUUGAGUACCUGUAACUAUUAUAGCAAUAUGGACUCAAGCAAUGUUACCAUGGACAUGGUCAGCCAGGCAGCCCCCCCCCCCCCCCCCCCUUUUGUAUAACUAUUUAAGAACAAACACAACACACUGCAACUGUUUUUGUGAUUUUUUUUUCCUUUUCGUCUUGUUUUUUUGAACAUCUGGAUUUACAAACUCUGAACGGUCUUAAGAAGAAAAGAAGGGUGAAAGGAAGUAAAGAAAAAGGACAGUGGGGUUAAGAGAUGGCUCAACUAUCCAGCGCAUCCCGGCUCAGCCCCCCCCACCCCUUGUCCCUGAAUCUGGGGACAGACCUUUGUGAAGACCCUGUCCAUGCAGCUGUAGCAGACUGAAGCCCUAUGUAGGCUGAAGACCUCCAGGCCUGGCCUGGGAAGAUGCUUCUUUGGGCAACUCCUUGAUGUUUGGUUUGUUCUGGAGCACCCAGGCUAGUAUCAGGACUAAUGUGGGUCACCUGGGCUAAACUAUCCUCAAACAAUAAGGACUUCUCUAUGCAGGCAGCAUGAUGGGUGCAGGGAUGACAGCUGCUUUAAGUGUUUUCUUCCUGGUGGUAUAAUCCUAACACAACAAUGCAGUCUGUGGCAGAAACUUGUGUAAAUUAUUAACAAUAAACUUAAAGGGCAGUGGUGGAUGUUUUUGUCAAGGAAAGGAAAUUUAAUGUUUUGGGGUCUUGUUUUUUUUUUCCUUUGGAUUUUUGUAUUUUUUUUUUCCUUCUUUUUGAGAAACUGAGGAUGUGCGUCAUGAUGUGUUGUGCCUUAAUGUGUUUGAAUGUCUUUUCUUUAUUUACAAAUGUCUAUGUAUGUAGAUAUAAA